AUGAAGAGUAAAGAGUAUAGAGAAGGGGUGAAGUCCUUUAUUGAAUUUGCGGUGGCAAAUUUAGGCUCAGCAAAUGAUAUUUGGUGUCCUUGUGUCGAGUGCAUGAAUGACAAAAAACAAAGCAUUCAAGUUGUCAAGAUUCAUUUGAUGUUGAAAGGAAUCUCGCCUUCUUACAAGACUUGGGUGCAACAUGGAGAAUCUGUUCACGUGCAUCAAUCUUGUGUUUCAAAUGAUGCUAACUGUGACAAUGGUGGAGGUGUUGAGGAUAGAAUGGCUGGGGAUGGCACCGAUGAUAGGGACGAAUUGUCUAAUAUGCUGGAAGCUGUUUACAUGGGCGCUUUCAUGAAUGACGAUAUUGACGAAUUGCCUAAUAACUUGGGGAGGGAGGAUGCACAGAAUUUUGAUAAGUUGUUUGAUGAUGCUCAACGACCCGUUUAUCCUGGUUGCAAAACUUUUACAGUAUUAUCAUUCGUUAUUAAGAUGCUUCAUAUUAAGGUGUACAACCAGUGGAGCAAUUCCUCUUUUGACAUGAACAUGAAGGUAUACAAGGAAAUUCUACCGGAGUGUGAUAAGUCUGUUCCAUGGACCCUUUAUGAAGUCAAGAAAUUUUUACGAGAUUUGGGUUUGGGAUAUGUGCUAAUUCAUGCAUGCAAAUAUGAUUGUGUUCUUUUUUGGAAGGAGAAUGCGAACCUGGAGAAAUGCCCUAUAUGUGAUGAGCCUAGAUAUAAGCUGAAUGAUGGUAACGGUAAGAAGAUUCCUCAUAAAAUUUUGCGGUACUUUCCCCUGACACCGAGAUUGAAGCGCUUAUUUUUGUCUCCGAAAAUAGCUGUAGAUAUGAGAUGGCACAAGGAAAAGCGAGUGGAUGACGAAACAUUAAGAUAUCCGGCUGAUGGGGAGGAAUGGAAGAACUUUGAUCGGCAACAUCCUGAGUUUUCCAAGGAUCCGCGGAAUGUGAGGUUAGGGCUAGCCACCGAUGGUUUCAAUCCUUUUGGAAAUAUGAGCACAUCGUACAUGUAUGAAAGAGCAAUUUUGUAUGUUGUCAUUGCUUAUUCCCGGAAAAACGGCUCCCGGUAA